AUGCAGAACCCCGCCAAGAUUCCGCCCCAAGCGGAGUCCGAUCCGGACGCCAAGUCAUCUCAGCCUGCUCAAGUUCGCUUCUCCUCCGUCAACCAGGAGAUUGAGCCUUCUUCAAUGCUCUCCCCGGUGUCUGAGAAAUCCUUGCCGGAUACUUUCCACAAGGACACCAAUGAAGACGAUUUGCGGUCCUUGGCUAUGAGCUUGCAGAGCACCCAGCUCCAAGAAUCCCGACUGCGCAAUUUCUCCUUUGAACCAAUGUCGCUUCCUUCGUCUAGGGUCGCAUCCCGAGACUCGAGUGAUCGAAGUACCCGCGAUGGCAAUGGCUCCUAUAUAGCUUCCCCUCACAUUUCUCCUCCUGCCUCCGCUGUACAGUCACCUCCUCUAACCCCCGCUGUCACCCAAUCCCGUGAGAGCAGGUCCUCCGAAAGUGCAUCUGCUCUGGGAUCACUUGGCCGGGGCGCCAUUACCCCCGAAAGAUCACCUCCGGUUACUUCCGGGGACAGUAACAGCACCCAAACUGCGCCAACAUCCCGACCGUCUACCGAGCCUAUCUCUACCGGGCAGAGCGCUACUUCGCAGCCUGCGCCUCAGAUCACCGUACCGAAACACCGUGCUCAGUUCUUUAUCGGCACAGAUGUAAGCUCACAAGAAGAGAGUCCACCCUCUACUCCCCGAGAGUCCCAUACACCGCCGGGCACAAUCACACCGGUGGGCGAGCCAAACGACCCAUACGCCCGCAGCAGGCGGCCACCGCCUACGAAGAAUUUAGGUCAGUUGGAUGCACGGUUUAUCUUCGGUAGUCGAGAUUCCAAGCGGUCGUUUCGUCCGGGCACCCCCCGAUCGGCCAGUGCCAGUGAUGUCACCAAAUCCGGCGGCGAGAAACGGAGCGUGUUCCACAAGGAUAAGAGCGAAUCUAAACACGGUCACAGUCAUGGCCACCAUGGCUCCAUGUCGGAGUUGAAGCGGUUUUUCAAGAUGGGCCACCGCAGUAAGCGACCAGACUCUCCAACAUCGGCAGCGAAACGAUCAAGCCGAGGAUCCGGAAAGAGCACCCCUUACCAGAUGGCCCCUGAUAAUGUCCCCUUUGCCGAUGAUCAUGGACUGAAUUCUAAAUACGGCAAAAUGGGCAGGGUCCUUGGAUCUGGAGCAGGUGGAUCAGUUCGACUAUUGAAGCGCAACAGUGACGGAGUCACCUUUGCUGUGAAACAAUUCCGAGAGCGCCACAGCUGGGAAAGCUUGAAGGAGUAUUCAAAGAAGGUCACGGCGGAGUUCUGUAUUGGCUCGACCUUGCACCACGGUAAUAUCAUCGAGACCCUCGAUAUCAUCCAGGAAGGCUCCCACUGGUACGAGGUCAUGGAGUAUGCGCCGUUCGAUCUUUUUGCAAUUGUCAUGACCGGCAAGAUGACCAAGGAGGAGAUUUCCUGUUCGUUCAAGCAGAUCCUCAGUGGUGUCGCAUACCUCCACGGCAUGGGUUUGGCUCACCGAGAUUUGAAGUUGGACAAUGUGGUGGUGAAUGACCGCGGUAUCAUGAAGCUGAUUGAUUUUGGAAGUGCGGUCGUAUUCCGCUACCCCUUCGAGAAUGACAUUGUUCCCGCUUCAGGUAUCGUUGGCUCGGAUCCAUACCUGGCUCCUGAGGUAUACGAUGAGAAGAAAUACGACCCUCGCCCCACGGAUGUUUGGUCGCUGGCGAUCAUUUUCUGUUGUAUGACUUUGCGACGCUUCCCGUGGAAGCAACCGCGCACCACCGACAAUUCCUACCGAUUGUUCAUUUCUCCUCCAACGCCUGGCACUCCACUUCCUGACUCCGAUCCCCGGCGUGCCCCUCGUCCCAAGUCAUCUCCCGAUCUUCCAUCUUCCGCCAAUGAACAGAGACAACCCCCGACGUCGUCAAACACAUCGGUCAACUCCGAAUCUGCCGGUAAAUCGAAUGCACCUGUUCCAGAACAGAACGGAAACAAGCCCGGUUCCUCGAUCAAGGAUGGGGAAGCCCCCACUCAAAAACAAACAAGCCAAACCAGCACGAGCGAAAAGACCUCCCAGACGACUAGCAAAGAGGCACCACCUCUUCCAGGUGCUACUCAGCCCGCUCAGCGCCAAGAAGUGAUUAAAGGCCCUUGGCGCCUUCUCCGUAUUCUGCCGCGGGAAAGCCGGUUCAUAAUUGGCCGCAUGUUGAAGGUUGAUCCGAGAGAACGAGCGACCCUCGAUGAGGUCCUUGCUGAUGACUGGGUCCGGGGCAUCCUAGCAUGCGAGCAGGACAGUUCCGGUGAGAUCCACAAUGUCUCCAACCAUACUCAUGUUCUCGAGCCUCCAUCGAACAGUGCUGCCGUGGCCAGCAAAGCUACCAAAGCCAAAUGA